UAAGACACCGACAAAACCAGCAAAAAAAGGGAGAAGAGAGAGACCAAGCAGAUCUUAACACAUCAACAGCCAUCAGCAGCAGCACCACAGAUUUGUUUUUUCUAAUCCUCCAUUGCUGCCACCUUCCCAAUGACCUCACUACACUGACUCACUCUUGCAUGUCCUGUGCUAACCCAUACCUAAUACCAUUGCCUUUUCCAAUCCGUGGACUAGGUUAAGCGUUGGAAUUUAUAUUCCAACGUGAAUUCUCACACAAAGCUUCCCUCCCCUCUAAACCUGCAACUGCAAGUACUUGUUGCAUCGCCAUCCACCACCUGCAGACUCCACUCUGUCUUGUUGCAUCGCCAUCCACCACCUGCCUACAAAAAGGUCCAAGAAUUUGAGAACAGUAAUCCUAAAUGGCCAUGCCAAGAUCCUUCCCCAACUCAUAGGACAUGCGCAAGAAUUGUAUCCCAAAAGAUUCCAUCUUUUGGAUUAGUCAUAAAACAAAGCCUCUCCUACGAUCCAUACUGGUUUGGUGAUUUCGUUGGUUCUGACUUCGUGAGCUGUGUGAUUGAUACAAGGAUGAGCAAUUCUUCGUGGUUGAUGCCUCCGCCGUCGCCGCCUCAGCCUCCGGCGUCCUCUUCGGUGCUUGACAACGUGGAGACCAAGAUAAACCCUCGCAUCCUCUUCAUCGUGGCGAUUCUGGCGAUCGUCUUCUUCGUGUGCGGGCUUCUACACCUGCUUGUGCGCCACUUGCUCCGGCUGCACCGCCGGCGCCGCGCGCAGGAGGACGCGGAGAGCGUGACGGCGUUCCAGGGGCAGCUGCAACAGUUGUUCCACCUGCACGACGCCGGCGUGGAUCAGGCCUUCAUCGACGCGCUCCCGGUGUUCCUCUACCGCAACGUUGUGGGCGGCGCCAGCGGGCAAGGCGCGGGCAUGGACCCAUUCGACUGCGCCGUCUGCCUGUGCGAGUUCUCACCAGACGACCAGCUCCGGCUGCUGCCCAAGUGCAGCCACGCGUUCCACCUGGAGUGCAUCGACACAUGGCUGCUGUCCCACUCCACGUGCCCGCUAUGCCGGAGGAACCUCCUCGCUGAGCUCUCGCCAACGUGCAGCCCCGUCGUGAUGGUGCUCGAGUCAGAGAGCUCCCGCGACAUGGGCGCGUCGGCAACUCGGGCCAGCGACGAUGCCGAAGGCGAGCCAAGCGGCGUCGGAGGUGGCGCGUUGGGGCAGGGGGGAGCAGAGGAGGUGGUCGAGGUGAAGCUGGGAAAGUUCAUGUGCGUGGAAGGCAACGGCAAUGCGAAUGCGACUACCAACGCAGGGGACGGAGAAGGCACUAGCAGCGACGGCAAUGGCGACGGCAAUGCCAAGGCAGGUCUCGGGCAGAGAAGGUGCCAAUCCAUGGGGUCCUACGAGUACGUUAUGGACGAGCGCGCGUCGCUCCGCGUGGCCAUCAAGCCGCCCAAGAAGAAGCCAGCAGUCUCCAAGUCGCGCCGCCGCGGCGCCAUGUCGGAGUGCGAGUUCGGAGCGUCCAAGCGCGGGGAGGCCUCGCUCCGCCUGCCAUUCCCUGCAACGACCCAGAAGCAACAUAACCCCGACAACACGGCUGCGGCGAAGCUCGCCAAGGACAGCUUCUCCGUGUCCAAGAUUUGGAUGGUGCCGUCCAAGAAAGACACUGACGCGGCCGCCGAGAGGCGCGCGGUGUCGUUCCGGUGGCCGGUGACCAAGGGCGAGGAAGGCAACGAGAAGAAGAGCGGGAGCGAGGUGGACUGGGACGUCGAGGCAGGAAGCUGCUGCAACAGCGUCGUGUCGUCUCUCGCCGAGGAGAGGCCGUCCUUCGCGAGGAGGACCCUGCUCUGGGUCGUCGGAGGCAGGCAACACAACAGAGUCGGGAGCUGUUCUUGAUCACCAUAAGCUGUGUUUUUUUCUCCUCUCUCUUUUUUUGUGUUUUUGUGUUUUUUUUUUUGCAGAUUGGUAGCGAUUGAAACAGGAAGUAAUCUGUAAAACCCCAUAAACUGUGAAAAAUUCUUUCUUUUACUUGCGUAAUUGAUUCCGGUUUGUUUUAGCAGUGAGAAUCCAUUCCUGAUCAGAACCCAGAAACAAAUGUGAUA